UGGUGUGCCACCAGGUCCAUGUACUGCUUGGGCCCACCGUCUCCAUGCACAUUUGGUAGCGCCUUGUGGCCUGAUCUCUAAAUCUCUUACGGACUGAGGUAGCCUUGUGUGCCUUGGUCUUUGGAACAAAAUCGCUUCUAUCGUCACACCUGCCGGUCCCAGGCAUCUCGCUACUGGGCUUUUACCCUCGCCAUUUAACCUCGUUCGACACUAGGUGCUUGCGCCCUGCCGUCGUCUCUCGCCUGGACUAAAGAAGGAACCCUGUCUAGUCGACGCGCCGGGUAUCGUCAGCCAGCAUCUAUCGACUUCUGGCCAGUGGCAUCAUCAGUCCGACGCGUUCUGCGUCAAGAGGUCUACACAAUGGCCAGGCCACUGUCUCCUUCGAAUAAGCAACUUCGCGGGCCGCGUUCUCGCCUGGAUCCGUCACCACUGCCCUCCAAGCCCGCCGAAAAAGUCGCAAGCCAAGAUUGCGUUCUGAAUCCGCCCUCUGGUGGCUCGCAAAAGCCGUCGCCAACUAAAGCACCUCGUACCUCGAAGGCCUCCCUUUCUUCGGGAAGAGAUCUAGGAACGAAGACUCCCUACAAUACAUAUUCGCAUGCUCCUCCCACGUCACCCAUGCCGCAUUCGGCCCUAUUCACCACGUUUCCCAGCGUCAACCCGGCGAAACAGUUCUCUAGAGACCAGCAGUCAGGGGACGAACCCCCGAGCGACAACUUUGCCGAUUUCCCUGAACCCUUCGCGUCCAGGUCGUCCUUGAAGAGGUCCUUGAUGGAGGCGGCGCCGCUCAAAGAACGACCCACCAAGAAGCCGAAGCGCGAGGAUCUUAGCUUAGUCCCUCUCCCGGAGCCACACGAGAUGCCGCCAAUAGAGGACGAUGGCACCAAACCCCCGUACAGCUAUGCAACCCUGAUUGGCAUGUCGAUCCUGCGUGCAACCAAUAGACGCUUGACCCUGGCGCAAAUAUACAAAUGGAUCUCGGAUACAUUCUCGUACUAUAAAAACAGUGACCCGGGCUGGCAAAAUAGCAUUCGUCACAAUCUCAGCCUGAACAAAGCUUUCGUCAAACAGGAGCGCCCAAAAGACGACCCGGGUAAAGGCAAUUACUGGAUCAUCGAGCCCGGGAUGGAAGCACAGUUUCUAAAGGACAGACCUCUGCGCCGUGCAACCAUGUCCAGCCUCCCCCUUCCCGCAGCUCCCCAAAAAGAGACAGCACCCCCGCCCAACUCCAGUACCACCACCUGGGCUGUCGCACCGUCCACCAACCCCUCGGCGUUGACGUCGACGAAAAACGUGGACCUGUCUUCGGAUGCGACUCUGCCUGCCUCCGACCCUGCUCUCCAGGAAGAUGUAGGUGACGAGGGCGUCAAUGUCACGGCGGCGCAGCAACCCCUUCCACCGCGCUCUUCCCCACCGCAGCCAAUCCACUCUUCACCCCCGGUCGUGCCGCCCCGAUUCAUUCGCCAGGGAACUCCGCCUACCCCCUCCCAGACUGUCGCCUCCGGGGUCGUCCCCCGCGGCAAGAGUCGGAAGUCGACUGCGAUGAAUGAUAGUGGGUAUUUCUCGUCAUUGGAGUCCUCGGCGAUGCGGCCCAACAAGACUGGGCAUAUCUUGACCUCGGACUUGGAUAUCGAACCGCCGCGUAUCAAGCGCGGUCGAGCUGAGGAAGAGAUUGCACGCAUCCGAAGUUCUUCCCACGAUAUCAGCCCCAGCCAUUCGGGGGUCCUCCGGGAUGCUGGUCUGAUCGUUGGGUCCUCGCCUCUCCGCGGUGAAUAUGUUAGUAUGCUACCGCCGCCCAUAACGCCCGUGAUCAAAUUCAAGAAGCCCUUGAAGCCACCACCGUCUGUAUCACCCAACACCAACCUGCGGAACCAUCGCAAAAGGAUCCAGCAAAUGGUCAACUCGCCAAUCAAACAUCUGGGACUGACCGACGAGGAUCUUCCGUGGAGCCCAGCGUUUAAUAUCCAGGAUGAAGCAUGCACACCUAAUGACAACCUUCAUACGAACUUCGACGUUUUCGCAGACACUACUGUCGAAAACAUUUCCACCUCAGCAUAUGGCUCGCCUGAAAAACGCUCUGCUAAGCGUAAUAGAACUGAUACGGGCGCAGCUCACAACAGUGCUCUCGCGGAUAUCACCGCAGUGGGUGCCAACAACAGAACAGGCCUACAUCCCUUAUCUUCUCAAAAAGCAAAGGGAUUGCUAUUCCCCGAAUCUCCGUCGAAAGUGCCCGACAAUGCGCGCUUCAUCGAUGCCACACAUGACGACUUCUUCUCAUUCCAUCUCUUUGACGAAAGUCCCGGCGAGGUUGAUGGUGUUGACCUCUUGCAGGGGUUCCAAAAGAUUGGGGGCGCCAGCAAAGAUGGUCUAUCUCGACCAAAGCCGCACGCUGCCAGACCACAGCUCAAUCAUCGAAGCAAUACAUCCUUGUUCUGAGCCGUCCGCCCCGAUGAUUCCGGGCAACGACACGCGAAUCUCCAUCUCCGUGCAAUGACGGAAUGUCGAGAAUUGUGGCGUCGAAACUAUUAUGAUGUCAUUCUACAAUUGUUUUGAUGAUGCCAACUGAUGUUUCUCCUGGCGUACCUUGAGUUUUGAUUCUGGUGUUUUUUCUUCUUCUUUCUUCCUUUCCCGCAUGGUUCUAUUGCUGUUGGUGCUGGUUUACUUUAACACGGGGGCACUGAAUUUCCGGAGUUUUGGGCUAAGGUCUGGUGUUGGCUUGACUUUGGGCCUGGGACGACCUUUCAUGACUUCCAUGACGACAUUUGCUAAGAUGUACAUGAGAUGCAAUGUUUUAACAAGCGUGAAUAUUUUUUUGUUCUUCCCACAUUCCCUCCUUUCAAACGCGCAGUUUCUAAAUAGUUUAGUUUGCAAUUUUGUCUAAUUUGACCCUGGCCAGCCA